AUGGGGAAGUAUAACAAUAUGAGUUGGGUCUUGGCUUUUGUAGGGUUUAUGCUCUUGGGUGGGAUUUGCAAGGCUAAUGGAGCUAUCUAUAAUUAUGAUUUUGUUCUGAGAGAAGAAAAUUUUACAAAGCUUUGCACCACAAAGAGCAUCUUAACAGUGAACGGGAGUUUUCCGGGGCCGACCAUCACUGUUCGGAAAGGAGACACUGCUUUUGUGAAUGUCCACAACCAAGGAUUAUAUGGUCUCACCAUUCAUUGGCAUGGAGUGAAAAACCCGAGAAAUCCAUGGUCGGAUGGACCCGAGAACAUAACUCAAUGCCCUAUUCCUGCCGGAACAAACUUUACGCACGAAGUUAUAUUCUCCAGUGAAGAAGGAACAUUAUGGUGGCAUGCUCACAGUGAUUGGACACGUGCCACUGUUCAUGGUGCCAUCAUUAUUCUACCAGCUCUCAACACCAGUUAUCCAUUUGUAACGCCAGAUGCACAAGAAACACUUAUUCUAGGAUCCUGGUUCAAGGGAGAUGUGAAUGAAAUAAUUGAAGAGGCCCUUGCAACAGGUGGCGACCCCAACAUUUCAGACGCCUUCACAAUAAAUGGAGAGCCCGGAGAUCUGUAUGAUUGUUCCAAUGAGACAACAUAUCGUUGGUUAGUUGAUUAUGGCAAGACCUAUCUUCUCCGCGUAAUCAAUGCCGUGAUGAACGAAGAACAUUUCUUCGCCAUCGCCAACCACAACCUCACAGUGGUAGCUCAAGACGCUGCAUACAUAAAACCUAUAACCACCUCAUACGUCAUGAUAACUCCAGGCCAAACCAUGGACAUUUUGGUCACUGCUAACCAGUCUCCAAGCCACUAUUACAUAGCUUCUACUUCUUUUGUUGAUGGGGACGUUGCAUUCAACAACAGCACCACCACUGCUAUUCUUCAAUACAACGGCAACUACAGUGCCCCCUCAACCAUCCCCUUACCGAAUCUUCCCGAUCACGACGACGACACAGCUGCUGCAAACUUCACUACGCAAGUGAGGGCCUUGGCAAGCGAAGAGCACCCCAUUAGUGUCCCCGUAAACAUCUCACAUAGGCUCUUCAUCACUGUUUCUAUAAAUGAAAGAAUUUGUCCCAAUUCUUCUUGUGAUGGGCCAGAUAACAACGCACUUGCUGCAAGCUUAAACAACAUCAGUUUUGUGACUCCAUCCAUUGAUAUACUGCAAGCAUAUUAUGGGGGAAUUAAUGGAGUUUACACACCUAAUUUCCCAGACAAACCGCCUUAUUUUUUCAACUUCACGGGACUCGUACAAAACAACACAAUAUAUCCGAGCUUUGCGACGAAGGUGAAGAUGAUUAAAUAUGGUAAAGAAGUUGAGAUAAUCUUCCAAGGGACCAGCAUGAUUGCCGCUGAGAACCAUCCAAUGCAUCUCCAUGGUUUCAGCUUCUAUUUGGUUGGAACUGGUUCUGGGAAUUUCAACAGUACGACGUCACCUAAGACCUACAAUUUGGUUGAUCCACCAGAAGUAAACACCAUUGGUGUACCGAAGAAAGGGUGGGCAGCCAUCAGAUUUGUAGCUGAUAAUCCUGGAGUAUGGUAUAUGCACUGUCAUUUGGAAAGGCAUUCCAGCUGGGGAAUGAACACUGUGCUCAUUGUGAGGAAUGGAAACACCACUGAAACCAGCAUUCUCCCACCACCUGCGUAUAUGCCUCCUUGUUCCAAGUCUUAAAUUUAGAAAUGUAACCAGAGUAUACAUAUUUAUAUCUUGAGACUUGAUUGUAUUUGUUAGAAUAAUUGUAUCAUCCAAGUUUCUGUAAUAAAAUAGACUGAAUAUGAGAGUGUGUGAAAUAUAGUAUUCUCUGUGA